AUGCUAGAUCCUGGAAGACCGUCUUUAGUGGAAAACAAUCGAGAAUACAUGAAGACGCUGUUGGAGUAUCAUCGGUACUUUUGUUCUGAAGAGAUGGCGUAUAGAGGGCACGAUGAAACUGACGAGUCGCUCAAUGCAGGAAAGUGGAAAGAAUUCAUCAAUGUGAUGCUACGCACUAACCCAACAUUCAAACAACUGCAUAGGAGGGUGAUUCAAACAUACAAAGCAUACAACUACACAUCAAAGCGAUCUUCGCUUGAGUUGAUAAGAGCCAUGGCUUCCGAGGUUCGACAUCUGAUAGAGGAACAGAUAGACAGAGCGGGGAUGUAUUCAAUGCUCAUCGAUGAAUGCAAAGAUAAUGCGGGGCAUGAAGAGCUGUCGACUUGUUUUAGGUUUGUAAACGAUGAAGGACAAAUCGAAGAACGAUUUUAUGAUCUCGCUAGACUUAAAGAGACUGAUGCCCAGACCAUUGUGAAUGAAGGGGUUUUGGCAACAAUUGAAAAACUGAGCUCGUCCGCCACUCUUCUGGCGCUUGGAGCAGAUGGCGCAUCUGUUAUGAGCGGAUGUUACGAAGGCGUAGCUGCUAAACUGAGGAGAUAUUAUCCUUGGUUGCUUUAUAUCCACUGUGCUGCGCACCGUCUGAAUUUGAUUGUUGCGGCUUAUUUUCGUACAGUUAAUGAAGCAUGUAAUGUAAUAAAUGUCUACAAGGCUUUACACACCAUUUUCAACGUCGCCAGCAACAGAGAAAUAUUCGAAGCUGUUCAAAAGGAGUUUUAUCCAAAACAGCCCAUAAUGGCAGCCUCCUCUCUUACAGAAGUCCGAUGGACUUGUAAGUUUGAGGGUGUUAAUAUAAUGGUUAAAAGACUCCGAGCGAUUCUUGUAAUAUUCAAGUUCCGCUGUGAUGGCAGUAGUGACUUAAUUGAUUUGGAAAGUGAAAAAGUUUCUGGAAUUUAA